AUGGAUGUCGCGUCGGGGGCUUUGAUCCCCUUGAUCAACAAGCUCCGGAGCCUACUCGUGGACGAGUACAACCUGGAGAAACGCGUGAAGAAAGGUGUCAAGUCUCUGAUCACAGAGUUGGAGAUGAUGCACGCCGUUCUACGCAAGAUAGGCGCCAAGCCACCGGAGCAGUUCGACGAACAGGUCCUCAUCUGGGCGGGCAAAGUGAGGGACCUCUCGUACAACAUGGAGGACGCCGUCGACGCUUUCAUCGUGCGUGGGGAGGAGGACGGCCAUGACGGUGGCUCCACCAACAUGAGGAACAGAAUCAAGAAGUUCCUGAGAAAGACCACCAAACUUUUUACCAAGGGUAAGGCUCUUCAUCAGAUCUCUGACGCCAUUGAAGAAGCACAGCGGCUCGCCAAGGAGUUGGGCGAGUUGCGCCAAAGGUAUAUGAUUGAGGCGCACGCCAAUGGUAGUCGUGAUGCCAUUGACCCUCGCUUGAAGGCGGUGUACAAAGAUGUCACUGAGCUCGUUGGGAUAGAUCACGUAAGAGAUGACUUGACUGAGAAGCUGUGUGAUUGUGAUGAGAGGUCCAAGGACCACUUAAGGACCAUGUCUAUUGUUGGAUUUGGUGGGUUGGGCAAGACAACUCUCGCCAAAGCAGUCUAUGACAAGAUCAAAGUGGAGUUUGAUAGUGUAGCUUUUGUUUCCGUGUCGCAGAAUCCUGACAUGACCAAGAUUUUCAAGAAGCUCUUAUAUGAACUUGACAAGAGCAAGUAUGCAACCAUCAACGAAGCUGCUAGGGACGAGGGUCAACUCCUCGAUGACUUGAGAAUAUUUCUUCAAGAUAGGAGGUACCUCAUCGUAAUCGAUGACAUAUGGGAUGAAGAAGCAUGGGAAUUUAUCAAGUGUGCUUUCUUUGACAACUGUCUCGGUAGUCGAGUAAUGACUACCACACGCAUAGGCAGCAUCUCUAAAGCAUGUUGCUCUUCUUGUGAUGAUAUAAUAUAUCAGAUGAAUCCUCUUACUGAUGAUGACUCCCAAAGACUCUUCUACAAAAGAAUAUUUCCUCAUGGAAGUAAUUGCCCUGCUGAAUUGGAGCUAGUAUCUAGAGAAAUCUUAAAGAAAUGUGGCGGAGUACCACUAGCCAUCAUCACCAUUGCUAGUAUUUUAGCAAGAAAUGGUCAAGAUCUACAGAUAGAGCCAAAGUAUCACUGGGACAACAUACUUGGCUCUAUUGGUCGUGGACUUACGGAAGGUGGUAGUGCGAAGGACAUGCAGAGAAUAUUGUCCUUUAGUUAUUACGAUUUACCUUCUCAUUUGAAGACUUGUUUAUUAUAUCUCAGUUUAUUUCCAGAGGAUUUUGAGAUAAGGAGAGACCGGUUGAUAUGGAUGUGGAUAGCCGAAGGCUUUGUGCAAGGUGGAGAACAAGAAACUGGACUAUUUGAGCUCAGAGAGAGUUACUUCAAUGAGCUCGCAAAUAGAAAUUUGAUUCAACCAGUAGAUGUUGAUGCUGCAGGCAGUGCAGAAGCUUGUCGUGUGCAUGAUAUGGUGCUUGAUCUAUUAUGUUCCUUGUCCAGUGAACAAAACUUUGCUACAAUAGUAGAUGGUACUCACCAAAGCAAUCUUAUUUCACACAGGAAGAGUCGCAGAUUAUCUUUUCAAAACAGCAUGUCAGAGCCCACCAACCAUUGGGUCAAUGCCACAAGUAUGCCACAAGUGAGGUCUAUUGUUCUCUUUAGAACAAAUACUGAUCUAAUCCAGACUAUUUCAUGCUUUCAAGUUUUACGUGUAUUGGAUUUGGAAGGUUGUGAUCUUGGGAGAAAUCACCACAGUAUUGAUCCCAGGCAUAUUGAGAAUUUAUUACACCUAAGGUAUCUGGGGCUAAGAGGAACUUCUGUUCGUGAGCUCCCUGUGGAAAUAGGGAAGCUCCAGUUAUUGGAGAUACUCGACUUAGCAAUAACUGUAGCAGUGAUUCCGUCAAGUGUUGUCCGUCUAAGACGUUUGAUAUGCCUAAAUGCACCCAAUUCAGUGUUACCAGCUGGGAUUGGGGACCUGACGUCACUGGAAGAGCUGGCAGGAAAAUUGGUGGAUGUGAAAGAGCUAGGGCAACUGGUCAAGCUGAGAGUGCUCCUCCUUUACUGGAAUGAGAACGAUGAGAGCAUGUGUAAUUAUUUGGUGGAGUCCCUAGGCAAGCUGCGAAAAAUGCAGAGUCUAACAAUUUCCUGUUUAGGGGAUGCAAGGUUUGACGUCAGCUGGGAUGGUUGGGUGCCCACCCCAUAGCUUCGGUACCUUCGGUUUGAAAGAUGCACCACCGCAUUACCUAGGUGGGUUAAUUCAUCAUCGUUUCCCCUCCUCUCCUCCAUGAGUAUUGAAGUGGACAGAGUGCGGCCGGAAGUUGACAUUCAAAUCCUCGGGAAGCUUCCCGCUCUUCGUUUUCUCUGGCUUUGGGUCAACAAAUCUCAGCACACUCGUGUUGAAACAUUCGUCAUUGGCGCUAAUGCAUUCCCAUGUUUGAGAGAGUGCCGCUUCCAUGAAUUUCUCACGGGGCCAUCUAUGUUUCCUCGAGGAGCUAUGCCAAAACUUGAAAUCCUGCGGUUCUCAGCCCGAGCGUCGGAUAUUGCCAGCGGUGACCUGGAUGUCUGCAUGGGGCACCUCCCUUCCGUACAACAAGUCGGUGUUUACCUUUGGAUUGAGAAAGGCAGCUCUUCAGAUAAGUGCAAGGAGGAAGCAGAUGUUGUGCUGAGGCAUGCAGCGGACACCCAUCCCAACCGUCCCACCCUUUUCACUUCCCAUUAUUAACCCCAAUGACAAUGACGAAUGACGAUCCCCUGUGUGCCGGUCAAGCUCCGGUCGCAGCUUGGCUUCUUGUGCAACCGAGUGUGAGAGUUAGGUGGUGUUUGGUUCUUUAGUCCUAGGACUUUUUCUAGUCCCUAGGACUUUUUAAAAAAGACUCUCAAGGAGGUGCUUCUAAGGACUUUUAGCAAAAAGUCCUACCCUGUUUGGUUUGCUAGGGACUUUUUCUAGUCCUAACACAAAAAAUUCCCUGGAACCAAACACCCCCUUAUUCCCUCCCUUCGACGUUCUGGAGCUGUUUCGGAGCAAAUUCUGGACCUGUGUAAUAUCUGGCAAAUUCCAAACCCAGGCCGCAAUUCCCGCAGAAUCCAGCGCCCUCGAUCUGGACCUUGCGGAAUGAGGCAGAAGAACCAGGCGGAGACGACGACGACGAUGCCGCCGCCACGAUGCGGGCGUCUCCUCCUCCCCUGUCAAGCUGGCUUACUUCCGCUCCACCCUCUCUCCUCCCGUCGCCUCCGCCAUCAUGGGUGCCACCUCCCCCGAGAUGCAGGCCUCCGUCCGGCUCGUCCUCCCCGGCGAGCUCGCCAAGCACGCCGUCUCCGGGGGCAGAAAGGUGGUCACUAUCCUAGUCUGUUCAAGUCUUCCCGGAGAGUCCCUGUGUCCUGCUUAAUGCUUUCUCGUGGUGUUUGAAUCCAUGGUACGUUCUAGUAUACGUUGGACUUUUAAGAAUUGUGCGCUACAUGUGGGAACAUCGCUGUUAUUUCAGUAUGAAGAAACACAUGAAUCUGUAACCGGAGAAAUAUUAAUUCCUACUAUGAUCUUGUUUUUUCUUUGUCAUAAUUUAGUUAGGUAUACAUGUUCUUAUCUUCUUAGUUUUGUCUAUUAUCAUGCAAUCUUCUCUCUUCUGUGUUCGAGUAUGGCGUUCUGCAGAUCUCUUCAGUUAAAAAAAAACCUGAAAAGAAAUCUCUUCAGUUAAUGCUUUUGCACUCGCACAGAUGUUGGUCUGCUUCUGAAUUUGUUGAGUUGGUUCUUACUCUUGUAGUUUGGCACCGUUGGAUUCAGCAGAUGGCGAAUUCAAAUUCCUCGAAUUGCUUUUGCUCCCAGAACUAGUUAGUGCAUUGCAAAUGCGGUAGCGAUUUUGCUGGACAACGACGUCAUUCAGCAGCAGCAGGAGAAUUCAGGAAAAAAUAUUUCAUCAUGCAUGAUUUGCUAAUAAUAAUUCAGUGCAGACAGUACAGCCUAGAUGACCGACGUCCAUGUGUUUAUGUACGUGUCUGUAUUGCACCUGAUUGACACUAGCUUGUACCCAGCUAGUCGAGUGUGUUUACAGCAGACUACUCUGUUUUACUUACUGAAUGUGUGAACAUGCUCUGCAUUACUGAAUUUGUGAACAUGCUCUGCAUUACUCGGGUGACAUAUCCAUUUGAUUUAA